AUGUGCAGCGUGGAAUUCAUCUCUAUGGCAGGGUCUCCCAAGAUGAAAAGGAGUCCAGCGGUUCCAUUAGAACAACAGCUGCAGCUAAUGAAUUUGAUCAAUGCGAUGGUAAAAAAUGGCCAAUUCACGAGUCAGCUGGCGAACGUGAUCUUUACGCUUUGCGCUCAACUGAAAAUAUCGGGAAUAAAUCUGGAGCAAACGCAUCGAAAUGAACUGAACAAGGUGUUUAUUUCGUUACGACAAGCAUGUUGCCGAGAUAAUGGCCAACUGGGAACACCUUGCAGAUUGAAAAUCAUGGAGUUGGUUGAACUUCGUGCCAUGCACUGGCGUAGCAACUUGGCUCACAGUCAGUAUUAUCUGAAUCGUCCUGAGCAAAAAAUCAAUAUUCGUUGUUCUACACUCGUAAGCGAAUGUAAAAGCGCAACUUAUUCAGCGACGAACGCAAGCUUCUAUCUGAUACCUGCAUCUGGUGGUUGGAUACCGCCAGUGAUUCCGAGCAUACCACCAAACCCGUUUAUUCCACAACCACUUCUCGCUCCUGAAGCUGUUCUCAUGCGUCAACGAAGUUUGAAAAAGGUACAGUCACUACUUUCAGGAUCUAACAAAACUAUGUUGCGUCACGAGAUGAUCAUUCGGAACAGCGACUCCGGAAAGAUUAUGGGAGUAAAGGGCAGACGAGUAGCUCUAGUUGAACAGAUGACAAAUACCGUAAUCAGCUUCCAGAAGGUGGACCCCAAAAGCAAAGAAAGAACCCUUACAAUCACUGCAUCUUCUAUGGAAGAUAUUGAACGAGCUAAGGAUCUGAUUAUUGAGACAAUUAAAAGAAAUAUGAGUCCGAUAAGGGUAAGACUACACAUCAAUUGGUAUCUAGGAGAAGAAGACAUGCAUGAUAAACUAGAAGACGACGAUGAGAACGAAAAUGACAUUUCGAUUGAAACGACACAGGAUGGAAUGCUCAAGGUGUGCUGCUCCGAUCCCGAAGUGCUGCAGGCAGCACAACAAGCUCUUUCUGAAUAUCUUCGAACUCGUGCUCGACCGUCGGCUGAAGAACGUGAGAAACGUAAGGAGCGUCGAAAGAGUAUGCCAUUGCAGGCUAAUCAACCAGAUCCCUCAUCUAAGGUGCUUUGCAAAGCCUGUUUAUUUUAUGCAUUUCCCUUCAAAAUAUUUUAUGCAGCUUGA